GCAAACAAGAUAUAUCUUAACACAAAACGUAUAAGGCUCCUGGAAAUAUUUAAGAGAAGACAAUGCUUGAUUGGAUGCAUGGAAACUUUCGGUUAUCCCUCGCUCUAUCUGUUGUGGAGCUUCUGGUAGAUAUGGAUUGCCAAGGAUGUGAAACGAAAGUUCGAAGAGCCAUUUCCAAACUCGAUGGAGUGGAUACGGUAGAGAUAGACGUGGAUCAACAAAAGGUGACGGUCACAGGGUACAUUGAUAGGGAAGAGGUACUUAGAAUCGUAAAACGAACGGGACGAGGGGCAGAGUUCUGGCCAUUCCCGUAUGACGGAUAUUACGGCGACUAUUACACAUAUCCUUCUCAUCAAUAUAUGGAACAAUCGAAUCAGAAAAUAAAUAAUCAUGGAGAAAACAGUAUUUCAUACGGUGGGAACUACAAUUUCUACGAAGAUUCUUCUAUCAACGGUUAUUAUCCUCGUUCACCCCAAAAAGUUGAUGAAAAUGAUAUUCAUCUCUUUAGCGAUGACAAUGUACAUGCUUGUGCUGUCAUGUAAUUUUUCUCUUUUUU